GCAUAAAGUAACUUUUUAUUUUCAGGGCGAAGCUCUUCUAUGACUUUCUACAUCCUUUGAAAACCAUCCUUCAAACUUACAACUGAGAUCGCAUGGACAAGCGCAAAGAACCGCCGACUCUCGACAUUUCACUUUUCAAACGCCAACGACCAGAUGAGGCAUCUCCAUGGGAACGAGCCAUCGCUCAUAAAAUGGCCUUCAAAAACCGCGAGGGUGCAGCACUUCAAACACCGACAAGAAUCCUCCAGGGACAGACUGCGGAAGUCUAUACCUGCCAGUUCAGCCCAUCAGGACAUCACAUAUCGUCUGCAGGAGCCGAAAAGAGCAUUUAUUUAUGGAACACUUUUGGCGGUAGUGACAACUGUGGCAUUAUCCGAGGACACAUUGGAGCCAUUCAUGAACUUCGGUGGUCCAGAGAUGCGAGUAUGGUGUUCACAGCCAGUGCAGACAGAACUUGCGGUGUCUUUGACGCACAGACAGGCCAGCGGAUCAAAAACUGCAAAGGCCACACUUCAGCCGUCAGCAGCUGCUCAUUAGCAAGGAAUGGACCAGAGCUCAUGGCCAGUGGAUCUGAUGACGGCUCAGUCAAGAUAUGGGAUCUCCGUACACCGAGUGCAGUAGAAAGUCUGGAUGCGGAAUAUUCGAUCACCUCCGUGUGCUUCUCACAAUCGAGCGAUGUCGUGUUCGCCGCAGGCAACAACUGCUGCAUCAUAGCAUUAGACUUACGGAUGAGGAGAGCGCUUUACGCGCUUUCUGGGCACUCGGAUACUGUCACAGGCGUCCGUCUCUCGCCCGAUGGCACGCGGCUCCUGUCCAAUUCCAUGGACAACAUUGUACGCAUAUGGGAUGUGAGGCAUACAUCGACUGUCGAGAAUCGGUUGCAGCACAGUCUGCAAGGUGCGCAGCACGGGUUGGAUGCUCACUUGGUCCGGCCAGCAUGGUCGAAAGACGGCUCCAUGAUUGGAACCGGUUCAGGCGAUGGAUCUGUAAUUGUUUGGAAUAUCGAUACGCAACAGAUAACAUGCAGACGCUCCGCUCAUACAGCCAGUGCGAACGAAAUAGACUUUCAUCCUUUAGAGCCGAUCGUCGUUUCGUGUAGCUCUGAUAAGAGCAUGGUCCUCGGCGAGAUCAACUCUGGCUAAUAAAGAGCGU